AUAUAUAUAUAUAUAUAUAUACAUGUAUACAUAUAUAAGUUGUUACAAAUUGUUGUUCUUGCUCUUUCGCUGGCGCGUUAUAUCGUUUGCUGAGUCGUUCUAGACGCGAGCGAUGUUUGAUCAACGUCCAAAAUAAUUUAUUACUGGUAUCUUCGUGUCUAUUCUAUUCGUUGGGACAGCGAUUCGUUGUUCUGUAUACACCUCUGAAAUUCUUCCCGGCAAACAAGGCGUCGGCGACGUUGGUUACCGAAUAAAAUUCAAGGUUCGAGUUGGUUUUUAAGGAUACUUAACUAUUUGCGAAACAUUGCGAAAGACGGAACACUUUAUCUUCCCAUCAUAAAUUAGCCUUGAUGUUUCGUACAACAUUGGUUAAACAUAUAGCAUCAGAAUUGAACGUCAUCGUUGUCAGUAAGAAUGUAGAUCCAGUCGAGUACUUUUCCAACUCGUUACUAUCUUAUUACGAUCGAAUCGAAUUGGCUCGAAUCAGCGACCGACGUUCAGAUUGAAAUCUUGUUCAACUAUUAAGAUCGUGAGAUUUUCGGAUUAUCGAUUAUACUUGUCGAUGAGAGCGCGAUAACGCGACUAAAGACAGACAGAUCAACAAAAUGGCCGAGAACGAAACAGGAUCUGAUUUACUUGGACAAGAAUUGAAGCGACUUACUUUCGGAUGGACCGAUUACACCCUUUUCAGUGGUCUGUUGGGGAUCAGUGUCCUCAUAGGGAUUUACUUUGGCUGUUUCAGUAAGAAACAGGAUAACACUACCGAGUACUUGCUCGGAGGGAAAACAAUGUCCUGGUUUCCGGUUAGCAUGAGCUUAGUUGCCAGUCACGUAUCAGCUGUUUCGUUGCUGGCCGUACCAGUCGAGGUGUAUCAAUACGGCACACAGUAUGCCGCGUGUAUUUUUACGGCUGUGAUAUCGUGCGGCCUCAUCUCCAUUAUCUAUGUGCCGGUCUUUUAUCAAUUGCAAUUGACCAGUACCUUCGAAUACUUAGAGAUGAGAUUCACGAGGUCGGUCAGGACCUUCGCCUCGUUCCUCUACACCUUUUCGUUGAUCAUUUACGUACCUUUGAUCAUCUAUGUGCCUGCUUUGGCAUUUUCACAGGCCACAGGGAUCAAUCUACACCUGAUUACUCCGGUCAUCGGUAUCGUGUGUAUAUUUUACACCACUAUAGGAGGUCUAAAAGCUGUCGUGUGGGCGGAUACAGUUCAAAUGACCGUGACACUGGGAAGUCUGUUUGCCGUGUUCAUUCUCGGUACUAUCGCUGUGGGCGGCUUCUCCGAAACUUGGAGGAUAGCAGAAGAGGGUAGCAGAAUUGUCUUUUGGAACAUGGAUCCUAGCAUUUUUGCCAGAAAUUCUUUCUGGGGUAUGGCGGUCGGAAUGACGAUGACGUGGAUGACCGGUCUCGGUAUCAGCCAAGUGUCCAUGCAACGAUUUCUGUCCGUACCGAAUCUUAAAGAAGCAUACAAGGCAAUAGCGUUUAUGGGAGUAUGCUUAGUAGCCAUUAAGUGGAUAUCGGUGCUGACUGGACUUAUAAUGUACGCCAGGUAUCAUAAAUGCGACCCAAUAAGCACGCACGUAAUUUCGAGAAGCGAUCAACUACUUCCGUAUUACGUGUUGGACGUUGCCAAACAUAUUCCAGGACUUCCUGGCCUUUUUCUAGCCGGUCUGGUUAGCGCUGGUCUCUCGACGAUGAGCGCUAUUUUAAACACAGUCGCUGGUACAAUGUACGAAGAUUUCAUCGAUCCUUGGUUACCGGAUACCGAGAACAAAGAGGCGAGAGCAGCGAAUAUCAUGAAGGUGGAGGAGUACGAAGGGUACCAGGAUCGUAGAGGAGAAGACAAGGCGUCAACGUCGACGGAACAGGCGUCAAAAGUGUCGGGGGCGAAGACGAAGCUAUCCUCGCAAUCGAGCUCGAACGAUCAUCGCGAGGAAAACAGCUGGUGGGCGGUGGAGGAGGGCGGAGGUCAAGAGAUAAGGGAGCGUGAUAAGGGCGCAGCGGUGGCGGGUGAGCUGGCUUGCCUCGCGGAUUACAUGGCGGGGUACUUGAAGGCGGCGGGCGCUACUUGCGCCCCGACCGGAAGUCCUCAGUACCAUCCCCACAGUCAUCCGGCGAUGGGUGUUGGUACUCAUCCCCAUCCGCAUUCUCACCCGCACCCUGGCGCACCUCAUCCUGGCCUACCUUCACCCUUCGCCCUCCCUACUCACGGUCAUCCGCAUCCCCAUCCACUGGAACACGGACUCGCGGCUUUUCCACAAGGGAUGAACCAGCGCAAGCAGCGUCGAGAGAGAACAACGUUCACCAGAGCACAGUUGGACGUGCUCGAAGAUCUUUUCACGAAAACGAGAUAUCCGGAUAUCUUUAUGCGAGAGGAGGUCGCUUUCAAGAUUAAACUGCCCGAAUCACGAGUUCAGGUGUGGUUCAAGAAUCGUCGAGCAAAGUGCAGACAGCAACUGCAGCAACAACAGCAACAGCAACAGCAGCAGCAGCAGACCUCGCCGUCGAAGGGUUCGCCGAGGUCGAGUCAGACGCAGAGCAACGGCAACAACGGCAACAAAAUGUCGAGCACCGCGUCCGCGACGCCCAGCAGACGCUCGUCACCGGUCUCCUCGCCGCGGGGCAAAGAAGCGCCGGCUCCGAAUUCGCCUCUGCUGUCGACGACGUCGACGUACCCGCGUCUCGGAGUGACGCCGACAGGCGGUAGCGGCGCCAACAGCGCUCUGACAACACCGUCGCCACCGUUGACCCCGGGUUCCAGCCAGCUACCGCCUUCCUCUUAUCCGCCCCCCAUGAACCAGAUUCAUCACGGCGAGUAUGGUUUCGCUUGGAGUUCAGCGUCGCCGGGCUCGGUGAACCCGAGUCAAUGUUACGCCGGGCAGACCUACAACGCCUACCAGAACCCGUACACCAACGGCGAUUAUUAUCAAACCCAGAUCUCGCACAUGCACCACAGCCCUCAAGGAAAUUAUCAUCACCCGCAGUAUCAUCACAACAUGACGCUAACCUCCUCGAUGUCGCACUUGACCAGCCAUCACCUGAAUCCAACAGGUACCAACGACAUGGCUGCCUCGCCAUCCGACUCCGACGGCUACAUACUGCCCGAUCAAAAAUACCAGGCGAUGGUAUAGCGGUCCACCAGAUCCUCCGGAAUGUUCCAGCGUGGCCAAGAGAGCACUGCCGCGGCUAGUUCUUCCGCGGUCUACAACUGGCGUCUCUCCUCGGCGCCAUCUUGCCCCGAGAUAAACGGUAGUAUCGACUCCGACGACAAUUGAGGCGCUUUUCGACACUCUCGAGUUUGCACGCCUUACGCCUAGUAUCGGUUCUUUCACCGAAUGCCGCGAGGAUUCAAGGAUUCUCCGUGGUUCGAGAUACGAAAUAUGGACGCGAGUCGCGUACCGUUCCGCUUCGAGAAAGCGUGAACUCUGUUCUGUGCGCGACACGGACGGAUACGUUAUUAUAUUGUGCGCAUCGUUUCGCGGAAUGUUCGCGAUUUAACGUUCCUUACCGUGGAACAUCGAUUCCCGUUGAAACGUUCAAAUCGCCAACUAUUUCGCGUCGCGGGGAUAGCCGACGCGAGAACGCGUCGCGAAUAAAGAACGUUUAGGAGAUUGAUGAACGGUUUCUUCCUUAUUCGCGGCACGUUUCUCCCGUUCGUCUUGAUCGCGUUUGCGCGGCGAGCUCUGAAAACAUUGUAAAUACGAACAACGAGUGUGUCUAGCGAGAAUCAAUGAUCGGAAUAAAUUGUAAAAACAUAUCGCGUCUCGCGUUUAGUUUCGGGUCAUUCGUCGACCAGCGAUCGAAUCCGAAAUCGUUCAGCGUUUUAUCAUUCUCGUUUCUUUUUCUUUCGAAUUGACGCGCGGCAAGUCUUUCUCGUACUUUCGUAUCGUUCAGUCUUCGCUUCCGUUCGAUCCGCGAUCGUUUCGUGAUUUUCGAUCGGUUCUUUCCCGAGAGCAUCGAGCAAAAGAUAACCGUCCGGAGAUAGCCGUCGUUGCGAAAGAGCGCGUCGCGAUCGAUCGCGUACAGCUACCGCCGUGACCGACUUCCUGUUCCAGAUAUCGCUUCGAUCGAACCGAACAAACAAUCGACGGAAAAGAAAGAGCGUAGUAUUUGUCCGAAACGACGAGGAUGAACCGCGAGAGCGCAUCGUUUCCUUCUGCUUUAUCGUUAUUCCUUGUUUGUCGGUGGUCGAGGAAUUUUCGUUCCGACGAACGGAGAGUCUCGUCGACGCGAUACGAGGAUCGAAACGGAAAGUACGUUUCCGGUCCGUCGCGAGAACCCCCGAGUAAUUAUCUCUUUUCGACGUUUCACUUCGAAUUCCUUUCAAGCGGAUCACUGCCGUUAUUAUUCUUAAUAUUAUCGUUACAAUCUUUAUUCUUACGAUUAACACUGUAAUUGAUAAUCAUUCAUAUCAAGUACGGCCAGUAGCCGGACAUUCGUGUACAUAGCGAAAGCGGAAAGCGUGUUUUUGCGAAUGCGUGAGAACGAAAUGAUUCACGAUUUUGCGGUAAAUUCUUAACGAAAAAACGUUCCGUGUUCCACGAUUAUUCUUUUCUUUCUUCCUUCCUCCUUUUCUUUCUUUCGUUCUAUCGUGGACAGGGCAUAUCGAGCUUUCCUCGCGUCCCGACAUAAUCCGCUGCCAAAAUAAUAAUAAUUCGGCACCAGCUUUCGAACGAAACCAGUUUCGCUAUCUUAAUACGAGUGUUGGAGAAAGCGAGUGAAAAAGGAAAACAGCGUGUCAAAGGACGUCAUACGUAAUCGUGAGUGUAUAUUUCGUGUAUACAACCCUAUUGUAUAUUAUUGUGGAUUAGAGAAUAAACGCAAGUUCAAGAUAUCAGUAACGUAAAAGAAUAGCAGAUGAUCGUGUAAACCAUAAAUGAUUAUUGUGCGCACAUAGACAUUAAGCUACUUUGUAAUAAUAUGACGCAAAAAAUGUACAUAAUUAUCAUAACUUGUAAGAUACACGAUUGGAUUCUAUCGCGUGAGAAGAAAAUCUUCCUACGUCAAAAAUAAAGCAUCGCAUAUUAUUAAUAA